AUGGCAUUGGAAAGUUCAUCUUCUAGCAUUCAUCCUACUCAAGAUAACGGCAGACUUUUUAGUACGCCCAGAUCAGAUGACUACAACACAUUGUCAAUCGAGAUAUCAAACUUUCUACCCUUCGGCAAUAUAGCAACUGCCACAGACAGAACAACUAAACAUCUGAUCCCACCACAAGAAGACGCUCACGGUGAUGCAUUUCCUCCAUCCGAUCACCCGCCUGUUUCGCCAGAAACAGUAGUAGUAGACAGCUUCCCAGACGGUGGAACCCGAUCAUGGCUCGUCGUAUUAGGAUCGUUUUUCCUUCUAAUGGCUUCGUAUGGCAUGUUGAACUCCGUCGGCGUCUUUCAGUCUUACCUUGAAGCCAAUCAACUCUCCUCGUACAGCAGCACCGAUGUUGGUUGGAUACCAAGCAUCUUUGUCUUCGUUACACUGCUUCUAGGCGUUUAUAUUGGUCCAUUAUUUGAUUCGCACGGUCCAAAGAUGCUUGUCUAUGUGGGCUCGGCGAUUUUCAUGUUGAGUCUAUUUUUGUUUGCUGAGUGCAAACGGUAUUGGCAAUUCCUUUUGACCUUUGGUAUUCUCGGCGGUAUCGGUGCUGCCCUGGUAAGCACAGUGGGCAUGGCUUGUGUGCCGCAUUGGUUCGAGAUGCGUGCUGGUAUGGCCAUAGGCACAGCUUUGGCUGGUGGUGGAUUAGGUGGCGCUGUGUUCCCGUUUGUGUUGCGAGCAGGGUUCUCCAAUAUUGGGUUCAAGUGGACUAUGAGGACACUCGCGUUUGUGGUUGGGUUCUUGUGUCUUCUUGGUUCGUUUAUGGUUCGUGCGAGACUGCCGAGGAGGAAAACGUCCAAAGUGGUCAUUGAUUUGAGAUGUUUCAAGGAUCUGAAAUUUAGUUGGAUGACUUUUAGUACUUUUUGUACGUCUCAUUCGAGCAACUCUCUUGACAAGCCUGUGGGACAAGCGACUGAUAAGCGACUCACAGGUCUGGAGCUACAAUACUUUUCAUUGCUUGGAAUGUAUCCGACGUUCAUCACAACCUUAGGCUUCUCGACCAAUACCAGUAUUUACCUCAUCGUCAUCAUGAACAUUUGCGGAAUGAUAGGCCGUCUAGUCGCCGGACGUAUAGCAGACGGUUACGGACGCCUGAACACACUUAAUAUCGUCGUUGUGUUGACAGUGAUCUGGCUCUUUGCAUUGCUCUAUCCAUUCCAAACAUCACUUCCCAUUCUCUACAUAUUCAGCUGUAUGUACGGCUUGACUUCAGGAUCAUUUAUCAGUCUUGCUCCAGUGUGUAUUCGACAGAUUUCCGAUGCCAAGGAGAUUGGAUUGAGGUUUGGGACGUGUUACUCUGUGGUUAGCUUUGCCCUACUGGUCAGUAUCCCCGUUACGGGUGAACUGAUGCAAAAAGGCGGCCCAAAAGCAAUGAUCAUUUGGUCAGGGGCAUUAUUAUUAUGGACAACAGGUCUUUUAGCUUUGACCAGAUGGACUUGUUUGAGUUAUAAUUGGAAAUGGAAGGUCAAGGUCUAA